AUGAUAAGCAAAGAAGGGGUGGAUAAAGUGAAGUAACCUGAAAAUAAAAAAAUUAAAACAUAGUAAAGCGAAGAAUUAAAAAGUGUUUUACCAUAGGUGUUUUAGAAUAUCAAGAAUUAACCUCUCAUAUAGGUGAGAAAGCUAAAGCCGUAGGAAAAUGUUAUCAAUGAAUUAUCUAACAAUUAGGCAAAUAACAAGCAGAAUCCUCCUUAAAAAUAAUCUGUACUAGCAAACUUUAUGAUAAAGAAUAGAGCUUCUCAAAUAAUUACAUGCUAAAAUUCAGAAUAAUUAAAGAAUUUAGAUGCUUCAGAUUAAUAAGAGAAAUAUUUUACAGAUUUUUUUCAUAUGAUGAGGAUAAAACUGAGAUUAAGAUAAAUCAUAUCUAAAACAGAAUCUAGAAGAUAAAAGGAAUUAAAUGAAACUCAUUUUUCGUUAAUAUAAGAUAAAGCUUCAUAAUGUAAAAUAUAUGACAAAAAUAUUCAAACCUAUAAUCGAUCUUACACUCAAAGGAUGAAAGCUAAAUAAAAAAAAAUAAUAAAUAAAAUUUUUAAAACUCCUACUUUUAACCCAGCGAGUCAUGUUUUGUUACUUUGGGACUUAUUCUAAUUUAUUCAGUAUUUCACUUUAGGAAUUUCUAUUUCCUUAAAAUUAUCCUUCGCAUCAACUAUGCAAUAAAUCAUUCCUGACUACAUAUUUCAAUCAAUCAUCAUAUCUUUUACACUGGAUAUUUUUGUUAAGUUAAAUACAGGAUUUUACAGUUAAGGAAAUUACAAGUUUGAAAAAUCACUAAUAUUUAAAAAUUAUGUAAAAAAAUAUAUGAUAAAAGACUUUUUAACAAUAUUUAGUCUAGGAGUCUAUUAUUUCAUUUCAGACAAAGUCAGUAAUGAAUAUACAUCACCAUAUAACUUUAUCCCAGUAAUAGGUUUUAUUUUCAAAUUAAGUCAAAUUGUAAAGAUAUUUAAUAAAAUCGAAGAAUACAUUAACAAUAAACUUAAAACUACUCACUUCACUAACCUUUUUAAAUUACUAUUUAAUAUGCUUUUAGUUGGGCACUUGUUUUCUUGUGUGUGGAUUAGUAUAGCCAAAAUAGUUCCCAUCUAUGUAGACAAUUAAUUGCCAACUUGGCUUACUAUUAAGUAAGGGGUGGAAUCUUCUUGGAAAAUAGAGUAUCUCUAUGCAUUUUAUUACUCAUCUGUUACUAUGAUAACUGUUGGUUACGGUGAUAUAACCCCUCAAAAUAGUUAUGAAGUUUUAUUGUGCCUUUUCACUCUUUUUAUUGCUUGCUGUGUUUUUGCCUAUACAGUAAAUUCAAUAGGAUAUAUCAUUAAUGAAAUUCAAUAAAAAAAUACUUUGAAUAAGCAAAAAAGUAAUAUAAUCUUCAAUUAUAUGAAAUAAAAAAACAUCAGCAGAGAUUUGCAAUACGAAGUUUAACAAUAUUUAAAGUAUAUAUGGAAGGGUACAGAUGAAAGAAAUACUGAAUAAGAAGAGAAUAUUAUUGAAAUGCUCAAUUCAAACUUAAGGCAGCGCCUAUAAAUCGAAGCCAAUAAGCUUGUUUUAUCUGAUACUCCUAUUUUUAAAAACAACUUUAGCGAUAUUGUUCUUGAAAGAACUGUUUCAAUAAUUAAAGAAAAGCGCUACUACCCUGAAGAAAUAAUAUUUCGCUAAAACGACACAGGAGACUCUAAUAUUUAUUUUAUUGCAUCAGGGUAAGUAUAAAUAUACAUUGAAGCAAGCUAUCCUGGUGGUGAAAAAAAGGUCUAAAUACUUUAGUCUCUUCAAUCAGGGUAAUCUUUUGGUCAUUACAGCUUCUUUACAGGAUAGCCUAGAAUGGUAAAUGUGAGGACUUAAGGAUUUGUUACUCUAUUAAGUAUAAAUAGAAAUUCCUUUAUCAAUCUACUUUAAGAGUAUUAAGAAGAUUAUGAACAGUUCUGUGAAAUUAGAGAAGAGGUGCUGUAUUAGUCUAUGUAUCACAAAAUAGGGUUAUCUUGCUACUCAUGUGGGAAAGCUGAUCAUUUAGUUAAUAAAUGCAGAGUAGUUCAUCACGAAGCACAGAUUGAAUAUAUUAUUGCAUAGGAAAAUUUUAUUUAGCUAAAGAGAUAGACUCAUGAACGAUUUUACAAACAUAAAUUUCGCUCCUUAGCUGAUUUAUAGAUACUCAACAACUCUUAAUACCAAUAUUUUUAACAAAAUAAUGAAUUAAUGGUGAUAUAUACAGAAGUAUUCUUAAAUAUAAAUAGUAAUUUAUAUAGCGAAAGUUCUAUAUCAGAAUAAAGUUCCCACUCAGAUUCUUCAAAUACAGACUCAGUGGAGUCAAAUGAAAGUAAAACUUCAUUAUUAAAAGAAAAAACUAAGAAAACUGUAAGAUAAAACUCAGAUUAAAAUCUAGAUAAAAUAAAAGAAGAAAAUUAAAGAAAGCUGAGUCUACUUUAAUUAACCUCAUUUGAGAAUAUGAAAGAAGUGUAAUUUAUAGAGGAACUUGAAAACUCUAGCGAUAUGAAUAAAUAAGAAACUUAGAUAUAAAGAAAUAAGAGAUCAACGUUAUAAAAUUAUUAAAGUGAAUAACAAGGUACCCACAAUCAUAUAAUAAGCUCUACUUGCAUAGACUAAAAUGAGGAGUCUGAUACAUAAAAAGAUAAAAAUAUAAAUGCUAUUAAACUCAAGCAAAAUGUAUUAAGUAAAUUAAAUAAUACAAGUUAAAUUUCACUAUCAGACUAACAAUCCCAACUAAGUUAAACUUAAAAUGUGAAUCAUCAAGCUAGAUGGUCUAUACCUAAAUCUUUAUCAAUUAUCAAUGAUAAAAUGUCUGAAUCGAGGAAGUCUAAGAUUUUAUCUCAUGUUCAGCAGAAAGAAUUAAUACAAAAUUUAAUCAAUAGUUAAGAAGAUAAUUUUUUAAAAUUAAAUAGCAAUAUUAAGCUCCAAAAUGAAAACGAAAUAAUAAAGUAAAGUACUAGGUGUAUUAAAGGUAAGCUGAAUGCAAACAUAAAAUAAGUAAUUGCUAAAAAUUAAGAAAAGAAACAAAAGUUAUUAGGGUUUAUGUAAUAAUAUGUUAGCAAAAAUAAAUAGGAGCAAGAAAUAAAAAGGGUAAGCUUUGAACCUAAAGAAAUCUCUCUCAGUAACUUAUAAACCCGUUAGCCCAUAUUCUUUGUAAAUUAGAGCUAAAAUGAUAUUUUUGAUAAACAGAGAAAUUUUAAAAAAUACUUUCCUUAAUGGAAUUUAAAUUUCAUUGUAUAUAAGAUUAACCUUCCUCCCAAGCAUCUGAAGGAAUGUAAGAAAAAUCUUCGCGAAAAUGCAAUAAAAUUCUAGAGCAACCAAAAUUAAAUUUCAAACUUUGGAUAAAUCAACUUCAACCAUCAACAAGAUUAAUUAGAUAAGUUCAAAUAGCUUAAAAAAAAUGACCAAGGAAACUUAUAAGAAAAUUAAAAUAAAAAGGGACAAGCCUAAAAUAAUUUAGCUACUCAAAAAUUAUUAUAUUAAUAAAAGUUAAUAUAAACUCAAAAAAUAAGUGAUUAAAUUUCAGAAGAGUCUUUUAUUUCUGAUGAUUAAUCAAGUAAAAAUUCAAAGAUUCAAAAUAGAUUAUCAAAAAUAUCUUGUUAUACCUAAAAUCAAGCUGAUAAAACUAUUAAAAGACAAUCAGAUUUUUCUAGGUUAAUAACAUAGAAUGAUCAAAUUUCUAAAGUAGAUCCAUAAGACUUUCUAAUUGGCGAUACAUUUAUGGCUUAAAAUUAAUAGCUUCACACAAGCUUUAAUGAAAAGAUUGAAAGUGAAUAGCAUAUUUCGAAUUCUUUCAGCUUAAAAUCUAAUUUUAAAUAAAAAAACAUUUAUUAAUUUUGA